CUCAGCCAGCUACAGCAGCUCUGCAGUACGCUCUUCAUUUAUCGAGAUUAUCUCAAGAUUAUGCCAGUCACCAAACGUCUGACCGUGUCCGAGUGUGAGGGGUUUGAUCCCGAGGUGGCGGAGUGUUUCGAACACAAGGAACUGAAAGAGUUCCACGAUAUGGUUCCCAAACACGUCACGAUAAAACCAAGACCUAUUCGGCCCCAGCCUCCAUUCCAAUGGGACUGUUGUCAAGAGGACCAACAACAUGUCAAAGAGCACGAGCUCCACGCGCAGCUGACGGCUGUCCUGGCCGAGGUGGACACUCUCCGGGCUGACCUACGAGAUGCUCGAUUCCGUUCAAGAUGUCUGAAAAUGGAGAACCAACAUUUCAAGACACAAAUCAGACAACUGUCGGAUGAGAAAGUGUCCCUCGGGGAGCAGGUGGACCGCUUGUUGAAGGAGGUGGACAUGUUGAGAACUGAAAGACUGUGUGUACAUUCUGGAGCUGGAGAGGGCGUUGGACUUGUUCAGAUGUCAGGGGCUACACAGAGCUCGUGCUUUGACCACACUGUGUCUCCUAAACAAGACAAUAAGUCAACAAGACAUCGUGAACUCUCUCAAAGUAAUCUCAUUCUGUACUGUCGGUAUGGUCGAAAAAUGUAAUCAGAAACAAAAUGUGCAAGAGUCAAAAUCAUUCUUUCGUCGUUUUACCAAAUUGUUCAGGGGAAACAAAUCUUAAUAUAAUUCGACUCUUUGUA